AUGGCGUCUCCAGAAAUCAAGAAGGCCAUCGCAGAGGCCGCAUCGCAGUAUGCGAAGCCUGAAGGAAAGAUUUUCCAGUACGGCACUGCCGGAUUCCGCAUGAGGGCUGACUACCUCAACACAGUUGUUUUCGCCGUUGGGCUACUGGCAGGGUUACGUUCUAGGAAGCUUAGUGGACAAUGGGUUGGUGUUAUGGUCACUGCCAGUCACAACCCUGCCGAGGACAAUGGUGUCAAGCUCGUGGAUCCCAUGGGCGAGAUGUUAGAGGCCGAGUGGGAAGCUCAUGCGACAAAACUUGCCAACGCUCCUAUGGAAUCAAUUGCUGAUGUAUACGAAGAGCUUAUCAAGGAAAUUGAUGUCAGCAUGGAAAACCCAGCGCGCGUUGUCUUUGCCCGGGAUACUCGCGCAUCCGGAUCUCGUCUUGUCGGAGUUCUCAAUGCUGCUCUCACCGUCACUGAAGUCGAGUUCGUUGACUUCAAAUUCAUGACCACCCCCCAGCUUCACUAUGUUGUCCGGUGCAAGAAUACGCUGGGAACACAGUAUGAAUACGGCGAGCCGACUGAGCAAGGAUACUACGAGAAACUUGCCACGUCUUUUAAGAAAGUUAUGCGGGGCGUCAAGGUCAAUGGCUCACUGACCGUUGAUUGCGCUAAUGGUGUCGGUGGACCGAAGUUGCGAGAGCUCAUCAAGUAUUUGCACAGCCCUGAGCAGGGUGGCGUUGACAUCAAAAUUGUGAAUGAUGAUGUGAUCAACCCCGAUAGUCUAAACUUCGACUGUGGUGCCGACUAUGUCAAGACAAAACAGCGUGCUCCUCCCUCAUCCAAAGCAUCCGCUCUCGAUCGAUGUGCCUCUCUUGACGGAGAUGCUGACAGACUCAUUUACUACUUCAUGGAUGAGGGUAACGUCUUUCGCAUGCUUGACGGUGACCGAAUUGCCACGCUUGCAGCUUCAUUUAUUGGCGACCUUGCCCGGAGUGCAGGUAUCGCUAGCAAGCUCAAGAUUGGUGUCAUCCAGACGGCCUAUGCCAAUGGUUCCAGCACAGAUUACAUCGAGAAAGUUCUUAAACUUCCUUCUGUUUGCACGAACACUGGUGUUAAGCACCUUCACCAUGCUGCUCUUCGUUUCGAUGUUGGAGUCUAUUUUGAAGCGAACGGACAUGGUACUGUCACUUUCUCUGAGAAUGCUCUUAAGACUAUCAAAACCACAGAGCCUCAAUCACCAGCGCAACAGCGAGCGCUGGAAUGUCUGGAUGCACUCACAGACUUGAUCAACCAAGCUGUUGGCGACGCUCUUAGCGACCUGCUCCUCGUUGAGACCAUUCUUGCCCACAAGGGCUGGACUCCCACAGAAUGGCUGGCCACCUAUACGGACCUGCCCUCAAGGCUUGUUCGCGUGGAAGUUGCUGAUCGUUCCAUCUUCAAGGCCUACGAUGCGGAGCGUAAGCUGGAGUCGCCUCCUGGUCUCCAAGCCAAGAUUGAGUCUUUGCAAUCCCGAUACAACAAGGGCCGAAGCUUCGCUCGCGCAAGUGGCACCGAAGAUGCCGUGCGUGUCUACGCCGAGGCCGCGAGCCGAUCAGAGGCAGACGAUCUCGCCACUCGCGUUGCAAAUGCAGUCCGCGAUGCUGGUGCGAAGGAAGUCAUCCAGUAG